AUGAAUAAGACUCAAGUUAAACGUGUUUUAAUUAAUCCUGGUAGCUCGGCCAACAUUAUUCGGUCAAGGGCCGUAAAACAGCUCGGCCUGCAGGAUCAGGUUGUGCCCGCAGCCGGGGUGUUAAAUGGCUUCAGCAUGGCGUGUGAAACCACCAAAGGUGAAAUAACUUUGCCAGUGAAAGUGGCUGGGACCAUCCAAGAGACAAAGUUCCAUGUGAUCGAGGGCAAUAUGAGGUACAAUGCCCUAUUCGGUAGGCCAUGGAUGCACAAUAUGAGGGCGUCGCCCUCGACCCUUCACCAGGUUCUAAAAUUCCCGAUGACAGAAGGAGUCAAAAUAGUAUAUGGAGAGCAACGUGCUGCCAAGGAAAUAUUUGUCAUCGAUGAAGUAAUACCUAUACCGGCACUCUCAUCGAUGAAGGGGUCGAAUUCGAAGGGAUAA